UCCUGGGAAAUCCCAAAAACGCCAUCAGUGCAUUUAUGCCAGAGAAAGUUCUUGUUUUAUCGGUUUUUUUCAUCAUGAUAUCGAAAUAACACCUGGUUGAGAAGAAAGAUGAUAAUUUAAAGAUCCUCAAGUUAUCAUAACUAGUCUUAUUUCUAGUGCAUUUGCUUCAUUAGUGACUCAGGACAGGGAAAAUAAUGAAUGAAAAGGCAGUCGACAGGAACCAAAUUAGAGAGGACAGAAUAAGUCCGGAGUUUGUGCUCUCCCAGUACUCGGCCGUUUUGAAGACGCUGAAGGAUGAGGAGAUGCCCGAGGCUCGGACAUCCCUCGCAGGCCUCAUCCGACAACUGAUUUAUGUCACCCCACCCGAGAAGCGAUUCUUUAGUAACUACGUUGCUCGCUGUUUAUCACAAUGUUCCCAGGACGAGCAGGAUCUUGAGAGGAUCAAGGAAUCUUUUCAUCAUCUUCAGACGUAUUGUGAGAACCUCGUGAAAAUGUUUUGGAAGAAGGAGGUCAAAAUUAUCAAGCGGCACACUGGUUUAUAUAAGAAUCUACUGGACGUACUAUCAGAUGUUGACCGGUGUAUGGAAGACAUUGGCUACUACCAUGAUCACCAGACGGACACUCUCGUAUUAAAAAGCCAUGAUAUUUUAGAUAUGGAAAAAGUCAUGAAACUAGGCUUUGAUUGGUUCAUGACGCAAGUGAUACUCCAGUUCUUAGAAGAUGUAUAUUGUGAUUUAAAACACGAUGGUUAUUCAUGGAAACAAGUUACUAAGGAUGGUAUUCGUUUUGUCGGGACUGAACAAGAAUGUUUGAAAUGGUUCCGGGAUAAUGUUCCAUCAGAAACUGAUCCGUUACGAACUGGUUCCGAAAAGAGACUGAAGCGUGUAAACCAUAGUGAAACAAAUGGUAGAGGUGCUACAGGAGAUUUGUAUGUAAAUAUGAAAGGUGCUACCGGGGUUCGAUUACCCCACGAGGGGUUAGAUCCUUCGUAUAACAACGUUGAAAAAUGGCUGAAAGAUAGCUUGAGUAAUGGUCAGGAUUAUCAUCGGCGGCGAAUUGAGCAACAUAAAGAAGCUGCCAAGAUGGCACAACGGGAAGAGGAACAGAGGCGGAAGUAUAGCGACAUGAAAAAAUAUCACCAACCUAGUGCAGUGACAGGUCCAUAUGGAGAAAAACUCAAAUUUGAUCCGAUUGAUGACGAUGUUGAGAAAACUAGGGUUGUGAAAACGUCGCCGAAUAUGAGGAAAAAGGUUGCAGAAAAACGAGAGGAGUUACCCGUGGCAGUUCCAAAAUCUUACACAAGGGAUAGGAGAUGUGUAAAUAAUGCUGGGGCUUCCAGUUCUGCAGUGAGUAAUGGCAGAACCAGCUCGCGUGGGACAUCCAGUCAGGAAUCAAAGAAAAGUGCUAUGGACGUUCCCAGUGAUAGAGCAGAUUAUAAUAAAUUUCUUGAAGAAGGUACUUUCACUUUGGAUGAUGAAAAUGAGGACCUGUAUAGUGAUAUGCGGCCCACUUCAAAUAAGCUGCCCUUAAAAACGGAGUCGUUUGUGAUGGUAGAUAGGAAAGGUGUCAAGCUGGAGAGUCAUAGGCAGGCAGCGCGACCAUUGUCUGCUGUACAUACGCAUCUGUUUGCGCGUGAAACUGGGUUAAGAGAUGGUUUGGAUACUAGCAAAGGGAACCAUAAUUCUGGUACUUUCGGACGUAAGGCAAAUGUACCUGAUGUCUACAGCAUGCACGGCACGCAGGAAGACCACAUGAAGAAUAGUCUGAAUGCAUUAGGACUUGAGUCUGGGGCGAGUAGCAUGGAUUGCGGGUUCGAUGAAUGGGUCAAAGAUUACAGAGAACGCGAUGAAGCUGCAGAAGAAAAUAAACAUCUUGAUCUUGAUUGGGGACGGUAUAAGAACUUAGAGUCUGCUGCACAGGAUUAUCUUGGAAACAAAAUUGAGACGUCUGCCCCAGAAGGAAAAAGCCUAUUUGAUUUUGACAUUCCAUCCAUGGAUAUCCGGCGUCCUCCAGGUGCAUCUGAUCUUGGCAUCGACGAAACACCGCUCACAGGAAAAUUUUCAAAGUUUGAUAUCAACGUUCAAAGUGAUGGGAAUUGUCGCCAUGCGAAACCUGUGGACCCUUCUAUUGGUCUGAUGGCACGAUCUGUCUCAUUGUCGGAGAGACCAAGUGAUACAAAAAGGCCUGCUUCCUCAAGGAAUUCAGUUCACUUGUCCAUGAGUGAUGCACCAGUAUCUAGAGCUGGUCAGUUCCCUUCCUAUAGGAAUGAUUCAAACCGGAGGGCAACUCUGGCUAGUCAAGCAGUCGGUGCAGACUUCACUCGACCAGAAUAUGCACAGAUUUUAAAGGAUAGCAUUAGCAUGAGAGGAGCAAAAAGGAAUUCAAUCCCGAAUCGCAACAUGGUGACAACGUCACUGACGAAUGACUUAAAGCAAGACCGAGAACUAUCUCAGAAAUAUAACACACUUCCCUCAAGUAGUUCUGUCUGGAAAUGCAAUAACUGUGAUAAGAUCAAUGUUGGUUCUCGAAGUGAUAUUUGCGAGCACUGUAUGCGGGGACGGGAGUAUAUUCCCAAGUGGCAAUGCCAGGACUGUACGUUCCUUAAUCCCGCUAAUUCAAACGUGUGCCAUGUGUGUGGUAAGAGUCGCACCAAGGGUUCAGAGAAGACGUCCCUUCAACUUCUUGGGCGCGAGUGUUCAAAAUGUACCUACAUUAAUUCUACUGAUGCAAAGAAGUGUGAAAUUUGUCAGGAACCACUAAUAGUGUACGCUGUCCAUAUCUAAACCUGAUUUGCAUGUAAGUGUCAGAAAAGCCUAUAAUAAUCUUGAACAUACAUUUGCAAGCUAUUGGUGUGCUGUCUACAUUAGCUUAGCAGAGCUAACGUCUCGAUAACACUAUUCUAUUGCUUGAUCAAAAUAAGUUUGUGUUCAGCUAAUAUCACUAUGUUACUGAGGUAUUUAGUAUUUGCUCUGCCAUAAAUUCAUUCUGUUUGUUUGUUUAUCGAUGUUGGUCCUACCUACUACUUUAACCUAGCCUGUUGCCCACACAUGAUUAUUAUGUAUCAUCAUCUGAUUGAUAUUGUACUUUCAUAUUGCGGUAAUCCCAUAAUUUCUUUACCUUGAUAAAUCUAUGAUACAUGUUAAGGGUUCUUUCACCUGGAGGGAAGCUUAUUAGUAUUACUUCACUAUUGCAAUUUUCAAUUCUAUUUACCUGAGCCACACAAAAGUACCAUGUACACAAACAGCGUCGUCCUUUAUGAGAGAUGCAGGAGUAGAAAAAAUCCAUGCUGACUUGUACUUACUGCAUGGCCUCUAUCGAGGGUGUUUCUGAUAUGUUGGCUCCUGAUGGAGUUAUUAGUAAUCCUGAUGCUUCUUAAAUCGAUUAUCGGUAUCAGACGUUUGAUGUAUGCUUGUAUUAUAACUAUGUCCCCCUAAUAAAGUAAAAGAUAGCUUUACGUGUGGAUAUAUCAUUGUUUUCUCUAAAUGUAGGCAGCAAAGGCAUUGCCCUGGUGGUUCUAUAAUAUUGCCUUCAUGCCCACAGCAAAUGUUUGACUUGACAAAGUGCAAAUAUGACCUUCUUGCCUCGUGAGAUGGCUUCGAUACCCACUAAUAUGCAAUGAAAACAAGGCAAUUCAUAAGCUUGAAAAGCUGAUUGAUUCCCAUUCCAGAACUCAAGACAGAUUAUGGCUGGUUGGUUGAAAUAAGUCAUGAGUUUUAGUGUCGAACAAUGGCAUAAUUCUACCGCUCUGUUCCACUAAAAACACCUUCAAACUAGAUUCCCAUUGAGGUGGAGAAUUCGAUCUGACUGACCAGUUUGAGCCAACCUCUCAAAUCCUUUAAAAGUUUGCUAUUCUGCCACGCAUUCCUAAAUGUUCAUGACUGUUGAUGCCAGACAUCUCAAAAUGGUUGAAGGCCAUCUCAAACAGUUCAAAGAUUGCAGUGGGAAAGUGCCAUUUGUCGUGUUAGAAGAUGUAAUGUGCUUAGGCAGAUUACGAUCCCUCCCUUGGUACAUAAUUUAGAAACCUGACUUGCUCAUGGUCAGUAGCUGAGGGCUUGAGCACCAGAUAUUUGCGAGCAGGAAGGAUGUAUUCUGCUUUUGUACUUUUGGUGUUGGUUGCAGCAGUCUCUGGGGUAAGUCUGAGCUUCCCUGAUGAAUACCUUCGCAUAUUCUGUCAUUUCCUGAAGGUCGCCCACUUAAGGACUGAACAUUUUUAAAAUCAUCGAAGCAUUCGAAUUUUUGGAUCCUUGCUCUGAUCAUGUUCGUUGAGGUGGAAUGCAUUGACAGAGACUCGUCAGUUUGGAAGCUGCUGACCAUUGUUUAUUUGCGAUGAAAUCCAGCUUUUCGGCAAAAACAGGCAUAGUUGUGACUCUGUUUUUCCUGCAGGCCAGCAGUUGCGCAAGUGAUUCUGAAUGCGGAGCAAAUGAAUGCUGUUACCAAAACUCGAUGCAGCACACGUUGAUGAGCAAGAGAAGGCGUGAAGCAAAAAUUGUCUUCCCUAGUGGUUUAUUCCUGGCAAAUGGUAAACAAUCUCCUUGUUUGUUACACUUAUAACCCCCCCCCCAUACAGGGUGAACCUUAAAAAACAAUGCACAAACUUAAGGGGCUGUGAUUGUUUUUGUAUGAUGAAGAAAUUUUGUCAUUUUGUUUCGGUUUCCCUUUUUGCAAACCCUUUGCUAUUGUGAAAAAAUUCAUCUACCUUCUGCUGAUAAUGAUACCUACUCUCUGGGCAUAUUUAUAGGUUGUUUGCUGUGACCUUGUGACGCGACACACACAAAAUGAACCUUUGUUUUGCUUAUUGGAUGUUCCUAUUGGUUGUACCAAGGAAUGUGCGGCGGAGACAGAAAAUGGAAGCAAUGCCACAAAUUCACAAGGAAACAGCCUAUAGAUACGUAUCCAAAGCACUUGUAUUCCCUUAUUACAGGUUAUUGCAAGCCGAAAGGAGGUGAGGGAGAUGACUGUUCCACCACUUGGGGUUUCGGAGGCUCAUGUGGUUGUGCCGAUGGCCUUUUCUGCUCACUACACAGGAUGCCAAAUAUUUGGGAGCCAACCAACAGACUACUUGUGAUGCCCCGCUACUGCAUUCGUA